UGUUAAGAAACCAGCGCCAGUUGUAGCCGACAUGGACACACGUGGAUAAUGGAGCUCCACAGAAAAGGACUUAAGUAACAACUUGAUACCAGGAAUCUGUUCCUCGCUGCUCGGCGCGUUAUUUUUACGUCACUUCCUUUGAGCCGACCAGUGUGUUUUCUUCUGGAGUUUGUGGAGGAAAAGUUGCUGCUGUGCGUCAGCAAACAUGUCUAAAGUCCAAACACUGAGAGCUUUUGUGAAGCAGCGACUCAUUGGGCCGCUGAAGAGAUCAUUGAGCUGAUGGAGAGAACGAUGGCGGAGUAGGAGGAAGAAGUGUGCCGACAACACGGACUGAUGGACGCUGCGUUCAGGCCCACAGAGCAGUCGUCCAGCAGUGCUUGGUGAGUGAAGCAGUGGUUCCCCCUGAGCUGCAGAAGAGGAGUCCACGUCUGGAGACCGAGUCAGGACCACCAGAACUGCAACACGUUAGAGAAGAACAGCAGAGAGCGCCGGAGGACAUUCCCGUCACCAUGAAGACUGUAGAGGACAGUGAAGACAGACUUCAGCCCUCACAGCUUCAUCAGAGCACCCAAACUAAAGAGAACAGAGAUGCAGAACUCUGGAAAACAGAAGCCGAUGGACAGGACUGUGGAGGACCAGAACCAGCCAGGAACUUUACUCCAGACACAACGUCGCCCUCUGAACGUGAGAACAAUGACAGCCGUGACAACACCAGAGAACCUCAGUCAUGUUUAAACUCACUGCAAAGAAACGAAGAACCUCUGAUUCCCACAAACGCAGAGACGAUGGACGAUGAGAAGCAGCGACAGCAGCUGACGGCCUCCAGGAAGAAACACACGGUGGAGAGCAGCAGUGACGACGAAGACUCUGAUGUGGAGAAGAACUUCAUCCUGCUCACUGAGAGAGGAGGAGGAGGAGCUGCUGAGGAGGGAGAGCAGCACCAUGAGGGGGAGGAAGAGGAGGAAUUAAGUGAUGAUGAUGAUGAUGAUGAAGAUGAUGAUGAAGAGUCUGAUGGUGAAGAAGAAGAGGUGGAGGAGGGAUCAGAUGCUGGUGAAGAGGAGGAAGAUGAUGAAGAGGAGGAAGAUGGUGAAGAGGAGGAAGAUGGUGAAGAGGAGGAAGAUGGAGACAGUGAAGCCUCAGUUUCUCAUGAUGAUGAUGAUGAUGAUGAAGGAGAGGAGGCUGGCGGCAGCAGUGAGAUCCAGACGAGAGAAGACAUUAAACAGGAACUCUCCAACAUGUCCUUUGAGGACAUUUUGAAGCUGCAGAACAAAGUUGGAACCAAAGUUUACAACGAGGUCGCUUACGGCGGCAACAAGAGCCAAAAGUCCUGCAAGAAGAAACGACUGAACAAGAACAGGCCGAUGGAGGUUUCAGCCAAGAGACCGGCUCCGUUCCUCCGUCAGGUCGUCUCCGUCAGGAAGCCGAUGUUCAGAGAUCCUCGAUUCGAUGACCUGUCGGGAGAAUACAAGCCGGAGAUUUUUGAGAAGACGUUUAAAUUCAUCAAUGACAUCAAACACAGAGAGAAGGAGGUCAUCCAGAAGCAGCUGCACAAGGCGAAGAACAACCACAAGAGGACGGAGAAACUGCAGUUCCUCCUGAAGAGGAUGGAGAACCAGGAGCGAGCGAGGGCGAGCCGAGAGCAGCAGAGAGAGAGAGAGCUGCACUUCAAGAGGCUGCAGAGGGAGCGAGCCAAUCAGGGCGCACGGCCGUUCUUCCUCAAGAACUCCGAGAAGAAGAAGCUGCAGCUGGCUGAGAAAUACGAGGCGCUGAAGAAGAGUGGCAAGCUGGAGAACUUCCUGAGCAAGAAGAGGAAGAGGAACGCCGGCAAGGACCGCAGGAAGCUGCCCAAACAGGCUGCAUGAGGCGUUCAGGGACACCUGAACCCGAGAGCCUCUGUUGGACCCUCAGAACAUCCAGCCUGUAAUGAGUCGGGUCAGCCUGCAGGUGGAGCUGUGAGUCUGAGGCGAUGAAGGGCUUCAUAGGUUUGUUUUUAUCUGAUGGUUGGUGAGUUCAGUGACCCUCGGACAUCCCAACGUUCAGGAGCGUCCAAGGACUUAUUUUCCUUUCCUGGAUCUUUCAGCCUCGUCUGUCUUCACGUGUCUACAGACAGGAAACGGAACACUGAAGCCUCCUGUUGAUCCACGUGUCAGUGCUGCCAGUUUACCUGGUGUGUAAAGUACAUCACACACUAUGUAUUACUCAAAACACGUGUUAUUUUGGAUUCUGAUGUACAGUUUUCAUUUGUUCUGCCGUGUAGUUUUGCAGCUUUUCCAACACUUUCACAAAAAAUGCAUCAAAACAUGCAUCAUCAUCAGGACAGUGUAGAAAUGAGAUUUGUUGACCAGUUUUAGUGAAAAUCUAACAAAUAAAUGCUAAAAGUCAUCCGAUGAUCUCAGACCAGCUCCUCUGACGAGAGAACCACCAUCAAUGUGAAUACUUGUAUUUUAUAUGUUUAUUAAUUGGUGUUAAUUAAACAAAACAUUUUAGGACAAAACAUU